AUUUUUGUUUCUGUCGCCGUGCGUUAAUUUUUUAGGAACAAGAAACAAAAUUGUGAUUUAUUAAAUAAAUAACAAGUAGUUCGUUAAAGUUUGGCAAAAAUCGGAAAGGAAAAACACUGUUCGUUAACAUGGGCUAUAAACAGCGGAUCGGGAAGCUCAAAUGCAUUGUUCCGGACUGCGAAGCUUGGAGUUGCGGCACAACCACAUCGUUUUUUCCAGUUCCUCCCAGAUCCAGCAGUGCAUUUAGAAAAUGGAGCAAAUACAUGAAACUGUCAGGAAUGCGACAGGAAAGGAUUUGUCAGGCUCACUUCAAAACGCGUGACUUUAUUCGCUACUCGAAUCGAAAACUGAAACGCUGGGCGGUUCCGUCUGUCAACAUUCCCAAAACCAGAGUGAAAUUAAUUGCUAAAGCCAGCUGCUGCAUAUCGGGAUGCCGCACAAGAAGGCAGCGCAAUCUGUUCCCUUUCCCUACAUCAACGAAGCCAAAACUACUCGAUCUUUGGAGGGGAGUAUUGCUGACCACUGAUGACGUAUUUGCCCCCGGUUUGAGAAUUUGCGAGAAACAUUUUAAAACCAGCGAUUUUCUAUCAGUGCACUCUCUGUAUUUACGACCGUGUGCCGUUCCGUCGAUUGGAGUGAAGCGAUUUGUCAGGAAACCUCAUAAGACAGACCACAUCAACGUGCUUCAGGAUCACACAUAUUGUCGAAGUCUAGCUAAAUGA